AUCUAGUGGGGGUUUACACGGCAUCAUUUUGUUUCCUCGCAACUAUAUUAUACUUUAUAUAUUUUCUACACUUAAAUACACUUAUUAUUGUAUUAUUAUACAUAUUAUAUACUUAUUAUUAUUAUUACACGUCUUACUAGUCAUAUUAUACUCAAUAGAUAUUCUGUUUGACGGAAAAUUACUGCGAUGUAAACGUCGCCAUUUAUUUAUAUCACCAUUUCAUAGUUAAUCAAUAAUUUAACUAACGAAUAAUAUUAAUAGUGUUUGUCUUUUUUUAAGGAUGCCAUUUCGGGGUCAAAAAAGAGGCAAAAUGCCAGGCUUCAGUAGCGUGGGUACUUUCAAGAUUUUCAUCGGCAACCUUGCUGAUAAAACCUCCAAUUCGGAUAUCAAACCUCUUUUUGAGAAGUAUGGUAAAGUUGUCGAGUGCGACGUCGUUAAAAAUUAUGGAUUUGUUCAUAUGGAAAAUGAGGAGGCAGGAAGAAACGCAAUCCAAAACUUGAACGGAACUCCAGUCCACGGCCAGCCGAUAAAAUGCGAAGCCGCCAAGAGCCGAAAGGGUCCAAACACCCCGACGACUAAGAUCUUCGUGGGUAACCUGACGGACAACACCAAGGCUCCGCAAGUUCGUGAGCUGUUCGCCAAGUACGGUACUGUCGUCGAGUGUGACAUCGUGCGUAACUACGGGUUCGUGCAUUUGGAGGCCUCGGGCGACGUUAAUGACGCGAUCAAGGAGUUGAACGGGCAGAUGGUUGACGGACAGCCGAUGAAAGUCCAGAUUUCGACGAGCAGAGUUCGUCAGAGGCCGGGUAUGGGCGAUCCCGAGCAGUGCUACCGCUGCGGACGCGGAGGUCACUGGAGCAAAGAGUGCCCCAAGGGUGGCAUGGGUGGUGGGCCCGACAGAAACGGGUUCCGGGACAGGAUGUUCGGGCGCGAUCCUUACCCACCACCUCCACCACCGCCGUUCCUCAGAGACAGAAUCAUGGGUGGUCGCGGAUUUGGAGAGUACGAUAGCUACUACGACCGCCGAGGUUUCGAUGACUCCCGCGAUUUGUACGAGAGAAGAUUCAGCGGGAUGUCCGGGCCCCGUGAUAUGGACAGUUCGAUGCUAGGACGCGAUUUCCCUCCGAUGUCGAUGCCUCCAUUGCCCGCGAGACGCGACCCCAUGCCGCCUAUGCCCGCUCUAGGCAUGGGAACCAUGCGCGACAGCGGUUUCUCCCGCGGCAACGACUACGGUAUGUUCAGCAGACGCUCACCACCCCCCAGUGGUAACAAUGGCCGCUUCAGUAGAGGCAUGUACGAGGACUUCAGCAGAGACUCGUUUGAGGAGCGUAGCAGACCGGGAAUACGUGGACCAUCGCCGUCGCGCCGGUUCGCACCCUACUAAGACACUAAGACAUGUCGCCGCGCUGUCGUCGUCGUGAUCGGAUGAUCGGUGAUGAUCUCGGUCUGUGCCGUCGCCGGUAAGUCUGCCAUUACGUCUGAUACCAAUCAAUCAAUGUAUGAGACUUAAUCACUAAGAGACAUCUGUCCGAUCGUCUAAAUCUACGUCGUCCUCCUCUAAGUUGUCUUUGUUGUCCUUUUGUCCUCGUCUGGUCGCCGACAUCCUUACGGCCGGUGAACACUAUGCAGGAAGCCCUCGGAAUUCGUUAUCAAACAACAAUUAUUA